AUGGCGAUCGACCGUAUUGUGCAAUUCCUCCUCCGUGGAGCCCAGCUGGCUUUCGCAGGUAUUGUGGCUGGUAUCACCGGCGCUUACCUCCACGCAACUCAAAACACAUCAUCGUGGGACAAUGGCCGUUACAUCUACACCAUUGUGGUGGCCAGUUUGUCGCUUCUCUUCGCCUUGAUAUGGCUUCUCCCCUUCUCGGGAAGCUUCAUCCACUGGCCCACGGACAUCUUCCUCAGCAUCCUCUGGUUUGUCGCCUUUGGUCUGCUCGUCAACCUCAUUGGUGACGGCUGUGGUCCCAUCUUCGACUGGAGCAACGUCAGCCCUCGUGGUGAUGCGUGCGGUCGUAACAAGGCCAACAUUGCGUUCUGCUUCUUGUCCGCCAUCGUCUGGCUCGCCUCUGCCCUUGUCGGCCUCUUCUGGGUCCGUCGUCGCGCCGCUGUUGCCGAUAGCCGCCCCGCCCACGGUCGCCGCCGCUGGUACCGCUCUUCGCGCGUCUAA